AUGUCUGAGGAACUUCACACCGGCACCCACGCUCUACAAUGGAAUGAAAUAGGGGAGAGGCUUUCCGAGUUCAUCAUGGCGACUAAAGUUACCCAAGGGGAACUCGCAGUUCUAGAAGCCCUCCUCGCUACUAUGGAUGUGUUCUCCCUGACGGACGUCGCUGUUGUACCAAAGUUCUAUACGGGAUCGGACCAUCGCCUCCUCCGAGGAAGAUUUUCCUUCGCAAGGAGAGCAGAGAAAGUCGCCAAGUUCAGAGAGAGAAAUCCCAGGACUAUCAUCAACUGGGAUCUCUUCGCUACGCUAGCCGGUUUUUGGGAAGAUUCCGCAAUGGACAAUAUCGACGAGGAAUAUGACCGGCUUGUUGAACACCUUCACGUCUGCGCGAAGAAGGCUGAGAGUUUUAAAACCACCAAGAGGCGCCUGUCUCUUGAAACUCUUGAGCUGAUACGCCAGCGUGGAGCAGCACGAGCCGCAGGGGACCAAGAACUCACGUCCGCGCUCGCAAGGCUUUGCAGAGAGGCGAUAAAGGAAGAUCUUAAAGAGAGAAGAGCAGAAAUGCUGGCUGAAGCUGCAGAGGCGGGGAAAAGCAUCCGCUAUGCCCGUCGAGACAGGGCCAGUCGCAAGACGAAGAUGGCUGCUCUCCGGAACCCAGAGGAAACAAGCAUUGCAUUGAGAAGGGGAAUGGAGAAAAUCAUACACGACUUCUACUCUGAUCUCUUCGACAGCCAUGUCCACUUGCCUCCUCACCAUCUGAGGGAAGAUGGACAAGUCACUCCAGAGGUUCUUCCUUCCGAAAUACUAUAUGCUAUCAUGUCGGUAAGAAAUAGCACAGCACCCGGUCCCAACAGAAUAAGACCAGAACACCUGAAGAACCUUCCGCCAGUACUCAUCAACACCCUGGCGAGGCUCUUUCACGUUACCUGUCGGAAUGCAAGGUUCCUAAAAAGUGGAAGACCAGCAAGACCAAGAAAGAUUUCCCUUCACACGGAGAGAAGAGAAACCGCUGAGAUCAAAGAGUGA